AUGACGAAGAAGAAGCCAGACGGCAUCCACGGCAUCGGCGAGGGUCGCGAGUGCGUGAAUUGCGGCGCCACAUCGACACCCCUUUGGAGACGGGACGGCACUGGCCACUACCUCUGCAACGCUUGCGGGCUUUAUUACAAGAUGAACGGUCAGAAUCGACCCCUCAUCAAGCCGAAACGACGACUGAGUGCGGCGAGACGGGCGGGCACCAGCUGUGCCAACUGCAAGACGGCGACCACGACUCUCUGGCGGAGGAAUCAGGCCGGUGAGCCAGUCUGCAACGCUUGUGGGCUCUACUACAAGUUGCACAACGUGAACCGGCCGCUGACGAUGAAGAAGGAAGGUAUCCAAACGAGAAACAGGAAGCUCUCGUCGAAAAGCAAGAAGAAAAAGGCUGGCGGUUGCCUAGGUCUCGGUGGUGUCAUGGGCGACAUGAUCAAGGCCAGCGGACACCUUGAUCUCGACAACAAGCCCUUCCACUCAGGAUUCGGAUCGCCAAUGGGUACGUCGCAGCAUCAUCACACGAUGCAUCCGGCGAUGCAGCAUUACAUGUAUCACACGGGUGUCGGCGUGGCCGGAGGUCUUCAUCAGGGAUUUGCGCCACCGGCGCCGCCCCCCAUCCACCCGCACUCACAUUCGCAUUCCCAUUCUCAUCACAUGACGAGUCUUCAGGGUCUGCAGCUGGCGGCCACGACGAACGCAAUGACCGGCUGGCGAUCGGAGUACACAUGAAUCGCGAGUGACUAGCAGCUCAGGACGCAGCCCACCACUGUCUCGUUGUAAUGUAAAAAGAAAGGAAAAAACAGAAAAA